AUGGAUGCGGUUCCGGUAGGUAAAGAGAAGCAGCAGCCGGAAGAGAAGCCGGAAAGCGGUGCUACUGCUGCUGAAGUUGCAGUCGAAACUGUUGCGUCAACGGAAGGUACUGACAGCCGGAAGGAAGCGGCCGAAUUCGAAGAGAAGGACGAGGAGAAGGAGAAUGCUGUCCCUCAGGGAAGUGGGACCAUUGGAGUGAAGCCGAGUCAGCCCACCAACGAAGAGGAAGACCGCCAAGACGAGCGUGUUAUAGAGCUGGACAGCUCACCGGAAAAGAUGGCGACGCAGUGCAAAACCAAAGAAGAUUCAGUUAAAAGUCCUGAACUGGAAGUGUUCUCCAUUGACGAUGAGGAGGAGCAGGAUGAGGACGAAGAGCGCGGGGAAGAAAUGGACGAGGAAGAGGAAGACUACGAAGACAUGGAUGAAGAUUAUGAGGUGUAUGUGGAGGAGAAAGAAUCGGCCAAUCCGCACAAUUCUAUGGAUGAUGAUGAUGAUGGGUCCAAGCUAGACAUUAGCACAGACGAAUACACGGACGAGGAGGCGGAAACGGAACAAUCGCCCGAAAAGAUUGAAACGAAAUCUGCUUCCACGCCACGACGGAAAUCACACUCCUCGGAUCAAGACCAGGAGCACGACGAAGAGGAGGAAGAGGAGGAGGAGGAGGAGGAGGAGCAUGAACAGGAAGAGCACGAUGAUGAUGUGCAUGAUGCGGAAGAGGACGAUGAUGAUGAUGAUCUGCAGAUCAUCGAAGACGGAGACGAAGAAUUUGAGGAGGAGGAAGAUGAUGAGGAUGAUAGUGUGCGUGACGAGGAGGAGGAUGAUGAGGAGGCGGAGCACGGGAAACGGAAGCUGUAUUCCAGUUUGAGGGUGAAAUCGGACUCGGGUGGCCGCAGUGGUUUUGGCGGGUUCCCGAAAACGCGUAUUAAGUAUCUAAGCUUCAAGCAGAAACAAGUCGCCAGCAUACGGAAGCGAACUAUUCGAAUAUUAAACCGAGGAAGCAUGCACGUUAUGGACCAACAUGACGAUGCGCGAGCGGUGUCUUCGGAUUGUAAAGUAAUCAAAACUCCAAGAACGACCGAUCUAAAAUCCGUUUACGUAUCUGCCAAGAGUCCAGGGCACGCAGCUACACUUCACCAAGAAAUUUACGGUUCCUCGUCAAUCACUUCGACCGACACCCAAAACGAAACCAAAGAUACGGAAAUUGUUACUGCUAGCGGUGAGAAAGAGCAUCCGGGGGAGGCAUCUACAAAAUUGACCGGGGCUUUAGAAAAAUCUUCCAACACUAUCACCAGUACGACAGCAUCAUCCAAUCCGGACGACAAAAUGCCAACAGCGACAGCGGUCGAGGUUUCCGAGAGGAUUGCCGAUUCGAGCGAUGAUGCCGUUUCGGUACUCUCUUCUUCGACAUCGGCCAAGAAGACGGUUACGGCGAGUACGCCCACAGUUAACAGUUCCGCAAGUACGGAAACUGUUGAACAGAAGACAAAAGCCACAGAGGAUACGGGGACGACUGAACCGCCGUCUAAGGCCAAUGAUGCUCUUAGAGAAGCAUCAUCUCCUAAGGAAAGUUCUACCACUACUAUCUUGCAGGAUGACUUGAGCAAGCUCGAGGACAACAACUCCACUAAUAGCCAAAAAGGAGACGUAAAAGUCUCCAGCGGAAAGAAGCAAACCAGCCCAUCGCCUACGGGCCUUGCCGAACCGACGGCAGACGAUGUGAUGGCAGGGAUCGAUGAUUUUAUGGAUGGCCACAAUGGCAGUGAAGUAGAUGAGGAGGACAAGCAGCAAGAGUUCAACGAUGAUCUAACAUUCCAGAUGGACGUUGAUGCACCGGUCGAAGAUAGUGCGAAAAAAGAAGAAAGUGCCAUUGACUUAACAUCCGUCAGCGAAUCCAAGUCCCAGAAACCAGAAGAAUCGUCGCUCGCUGAGACGCUUCUCACGGAUAGUAACAAAGAAUUGAUAGCAAAGGAAUCAGGAGUGACCUUCACGGAGGUUAUUGUGAGUUCGUCGAAGGAAGACAAUCUGGAUGUGCACGAUAAAAGCAUUGUCACAUCCGCACCCGUUACCAAUCAGAAAAAGGAACAGCAAAAACGCUCCGAACGAGAACGUGAGCAAGAAAUAGCUACGUCUUCUUCUUCGUUGGAAGUUAAGCAAGAGCACGAGGAUGAAGCGGAUGUAAAUGAAGCACAAAAUCUAUCCAAACAGAAAUCCUCCCUUCGUCGUAAUGAUGGGGCACAGAAAGCAGUACAAUCGGAAACGGUACCACAACAACAACCAGCCGUCAGUCGUAAGCGAAGACGUUCCGUUACGAUCGAGGAAGAUCGACAGUCGAGCGCCAGUAGGGCGGAGCAAGAAUCGGAAGAAUCGAUCGAACCAGCGAAAAAGCUAAAGCUUGAAGUAGAAGCCAACUAUCAAACACACGAACGAGCCGUGAAUGAGUACAUUGAAACGACGCAAAACACCUCGGUUAACGAGAUACAAAGUCACACGGAUGUACUGGUGAAGGAAAUACAGGAACUGAACGAUAUGAUCCGUGAUACAGAAAUUAAAUGGAACAAUCUGCUACAUCUAAAGAAGGUAAAGGAGGAGAUCUUGUUACGGCUCAACCGCCGCAAGCACGUGAUCGGUAUUAUGGACACUCAGCUGGGUGAGGUUUCGGUGUACAGCCAUCUUGAUUCGUCGAACCUGAGCAACCAGCACCAUCCUCACCAGCAGAGUGGACGAUCAUCCUCGGUCGGUCCACGUCCACCAACGCCACCGCCUGAGGUCGAAAUACGCCCAGCAUCCGUUACCAACUCGAUGCAUUACAGGUUUAAUGCGUCGAACAGUGCUGGAACUACUUCCAAUGGUGGCGAUAAAGCGAGCGGCAGCCAUUUUAGAACCUCUCUGAUCUCUAACCGUCGCAGCAGCAGUAAUAGCGCCCAACCGACGAAUGCAAACAGCUCCAGUAAAGCUUCGCGUAACGCGAAAGACACGAACAGCUUCGUGUCGCAGUUUAACAGCAGCAAUAAUGCCGUCACGAUGGUACCACUGCCAAACACGACCUCGAUGAUACUGAAUGCUCGGGCUAGCAUGAACACGGCCGAAGUGGCGAAGGAAAAAUCGGCCGCGAUACAGAUCCAGCGCCAGAUACUUUCCAAACCGAUCCUCAGCAAUCAUCAGCAGAUACUGAACAAUCUAGCGAUGUCGGUCAGUUUGACAGGGUCGUCCGGUACCAACAAUGGAUCGAGCAACAACAACAAUUCCAACAAUUCGGCACUACUGAACGGUCACCACGGUUCGGGCACGCUAACAGCGAACCAACAGCAGCAGCUUCAAAUCGGCCGGCAGGGUAUGCGCAAAGAUGUGAGCAGUAUUAUCGCGGACUAUCGACAGAAGCAUCCGGAGAAUGUGCCACGGCGUGGCCGAAGGUUAAAGAAUGUUGCUGGCAGCAAUAGCAACAGUGUCAACAACAACGGCACAUCCGGUGGCAAUAGUCUCGGCUCGUUCGGGGAAGGCGGUGCUAUUAGCCUGACCGCACUGACAGGUGGAAAAUCGCCGGCAAACGCACGGUCCAACUCGACGGAUAGUGUAGCGAACCGUAUGUCGGAAUUGCUGGCAGCUACCGAGACGUCGCGUCCGUCCAGCAAUGAUUCGAGCCAGAGCAGCUCGAACCUGCUCACGUCCCUGAUGUCCGCCUCCGGUGCGGCCCAUAGCAGUCAGCAGUUCUUUAAGGAUGUGCUUGCCCAGUUUGCCAAGAUGAGCCAGAACGAGCAGAACUUGCUGUCGAACUUGCAGCUCCUGCCCAGUAAUAAUACGAGCAUCUCGAGUGCCACUAACAACAACAACACCGUCUCAUCUCCCCAGCAGUCACCCCAGCAGCAGCACCAUCACCAACAACACCAGAAUCAACACCACACGGUCCGUAGUCUGCAUCAGCAGCAAUCAUCACUACUAUCGAAAGCAUCCCUUCCGGAGGUAACACUUCAUCCGGUGAUGAAUUCUACCGCCCAUUCGGAUGUACUGGGUGGCGGUGGAAUGUCCCAUGGUAAUGGUUCACUUGGCGCAGCAAAUCUGAGUGCGGUUAACAGUAGUACCAACUCGCUGCUACAUGGAAUUCUUACGAAGUCUGCUGCGCGUCCGGGUCAGGCAGCGGCAGCCGCAGCAGCAGCAGCAGCAGCCGCAGCCGGUAACAUUAACAACUUCUCGCCAACGUUAGCGCGAUUGCUUUCCGUACCGGAGCGAAUGAAUACACAGUCAUCCUCGACCGUAACGUCCGGGGCGCUCGCAAACCUUCAGACAAACAGUAUCGCUGGCGGAUUGAAUCUGUCGAAGAACACCAACGAAAUAUCGAUCACGCCCGUCGUUGGGUCGAACUAUCAGCAGACGUUUCUUGCCCAGCAACAGCAGCAACAAACACUGCAGAGGCUUCGCGAGCAGCAUCUGUACAGUCUGGACGAUGAGGCAGAUGACAGUGCCGAUCGGUUGGUAAUCGACGAAGGAGACGAUAUGGGUCAAAGAGACUCUGGGAAUGUUCUGCACGGUAGCAAGCGGCGUGGUGCGGAGAUAAACGAGAACGAAGUGCCACAGUGUCAGGGCUGCAAGAAGCAGGAGGCUAAGUUUGUGUGUGCGGGCUGCGGCAACCAGUGGUACUGUAGCCGAGGGUGUCAGGUUAAUGCUUGGGAUGAUCAUUCGGAAGUGUGCAGUGGUUAAGUUUUGUUCUGUAAUGGGCGGUCCCAUGGAGCCGCACCACA